CCGACAAGCAUAUAGAAUCCUCUCUCUCUCUCUCUCCCCUCCCCUCCCCUCCCCGACCACCAAAAAAGCGGUGCGUAGAAAUAAAAGCAGCAGCUUCUGUAACCAUCAACUCUUAUCUUUAAUUUCUUCCCUCUCCAACCUCACCCCUCCCAAUCCUUCUCUUUCCCGUCUCCUCACCAAAUCCUUUCCUUGUUCUCGAAACUAAGCAACACAGCUAUUUUUCAUUCAUCAAAAUACUUCCAUUCAUGAUCUUAAACAGCCUCGACAUCAUGAAACCAGAGCCCUUCUCCGAUGAGGUGGACAGUCUCCAGGGCAUAGCUAAAAGAAGGAAAGACGGGGAGAGAAAAGAAAGAAAGCCGCCGCAGCAACCACUGCCUCCCCCUCCGCCACCGCAGUUAAGCGACGGCGCGAGCAUCGAGAUCGUGAAGCGCCCACGUGGCAGACCCCCGGGCUCCAAAAACAGACCCAAGCCGCCGGUAGUUAUCACAAAGGAGUCGGAGCCGUCGGCCGCGAUGCGCCCGUACGUGCUCGAAAUCCCCAGCGGCCACGAUAUUAUUGACUCCCUAACGCGAUUUUCUCGACACCGUAAACUCGGAAUCUGCGUUCUUGCCGCGACCGGCGCCGCGGUCAACGUCACGAUACAGCAGGCAGGUGCUGAGGCAGCUAUCGUAUUCCACGGGCGAUUCGAGAUCCUGUCCAUUUCGGCCACUUUUAUGCCGCCGGAGAUGGCCGCGCUUUCGCCGGCCGCUGCGGUUAGCGCUGUGAUGACGUUAUCGCUUGCGGGGCCGCACGGGCAAGUUAUUGGCGGUACGGUGGCGGGGCCGUUGUUGGCUUCUGGGGUGGUGAUGGUGGUGGCGGCUGCGUUUGCGAACACGACUUUUCAUCGGCUGCCGUUGGAAGAAGAGGCGUCGGUAUCGGUUUCCGGGGAAGACGCAACGGGCGAAGUGGCGGCCCAGAGGCAAUAUCAUGACGAAGAGCAGCAGAACUUCUUUCACCAUUUUCAUCUACAGCAGUCGCUCCCCCGUCGCCGCCGCAACCUGCGGCAGAGUCGGGCGGAAUGGCGGCGAUGUAUGGCUCGCACUUUGCUCAGGAGAUUAUAUGGCCACCUGGAGGCCGACCGCCGCAUCAGCCAUACUGAUAUGAAGCUUCUGGAUCGAUUUCGAUGGUUUAUAUUCUUCUCUGGAACCGUUUUCCAUCUCUCUGGCUCUUGAAAUCUUCAUCAGUCUUUCUCCCCUUUUUUGUUAAGAUCGGUGCUUGUAGAUUUUUCCUAACCUUUUUCUAAAAUCUUUUGCUGUUUUUUUAGU